GUAAAUUGAAGAAUGAAGAAGAAUCUCAUAGUGAACAGUCCCCAAGUGAAACCCAGUUGAAGGAACUUACUCAGUAUUUUGGAGUCAAUGACAGAUUUGAACCCCCUGUUAAAAAGAAAAAAAUUGAGAAGUCGGGCCUUGAAAAGAGCAUAGACCAGGCUGUGGAAGAGUGGAAUAUUGAGAAGGCCGAGGAGCUCAGCAACCAGCUAGCUACCCGAGAGCUUGGUGUAAAAAUUGCCAAAGCAAUUGCCUGCCAUAAAUUUGUAAAAGCCAAAAAGGAAGCUGAAAAUUCACAGGCUGCUCGAAAAAAGAAGAAACUUGCGUGGGGAUUUGAAGCAAAGAAGAGAUGGGAAACCAAAAGCAACAUGGGCUACAUGUAACUUGCCUUGCCAGAGUUCUUCAGGACAGUGUGUCUUUUCCUAAGUCUUCAAUUGCUCAGAAGACUGAAGCUAUCCCUGCUUCUGUUAAAGAUGUCAGGAAAUGGAUAGAAGAAGAAAGAAAAAAUAAGCAUAACACUUGGAGGGUGAUCAUCAGUCCUUUUCUGAAGAGUUCAGCCCAUUGAGGUGAACGGAGCGGAGUGUUCUGUUGGUACAGGAGUCUGAGUCCACUACAGGGGAAAGCUCGGCUUUAUUUAUUUCUUUAUAGAGACCUGCAGUGUAAUCGAUUUCACUUUCAUCCGUUUGGUAUAGCAUAGCCGUUAAGCUCCUGGUACUUUGUUAUCUGUCCUCAGUGGAACUGUACUCAUUCUGGAAUUGUGUUUUCAAGAUUGGCAUCUUUAUAAUGGAUUCAUCAUAAGUGUAAGAAAGUCUCCAUUGAUAGUCUUUACAAAUGACUUCAUCUUAAUGUUUUAAGAGUAAUGAUUGGUUCUUUAUUGGGUGCAGUGGAGUUGAUACUUGACAGGAACAUAAUAAAAGCAAUUGGUUGGUUUUAGUGCCUUCAGAUAAAAUAUCUCAAUAAAACAAAGACAGCAUGUGGUGUUUGGAGAAUGAUUGAAAUUCAGCUCUUGCUGGAAAUGUCUUCCUAAAUAUCUCAGCCCAGCCAUGUCAUUCCUUACAUUACGAGAUGAUUCCUAGAAGCGAAAAUGGUAUAAUUACAUUAGAAUGUUAUAACUCAAGACAAUAUAACUUGGAACCUUCUAA